CUUGCUUGUUGUUUUCUCUUCUUUGUCUCUCUUUUUCCUGAUAAAAGCGAAAUUUUAUAUACUUUACCCUUUUGGAGUCAUUGAUUUCCUGAAUGUUGCCACGACUUUCAACGUCCUGGUUACGGGCACCUACAGCAUUAUGUAAUAGAACUCCACUGCGUACAAACAAUCAGUGCUUAUCAACAUGGACACACCAACCAUUAUUGAUUCGACCAGGGUUUUUCUCCACCAAGAAAACUUAUAACUCAACCAUAUCUAACACUAUUACUGCUUGGCCUGGAGGCAGGCGUGCAUUUACGUCCGAAACAUCAAAACUUACCGAUAAAACGCUUAUCAACAAGACGGUGAAUGCAACCACGCCAAACAAACCAACACCUGUAGUAGAGUCAACAAAGGAUCGGAAUAAGACAGACUGGGCUAUUAUUCGUCAAAUGAUGAAAUAUAUAUGGCCAAAGAAUGAUGUUGGUGUCAAGACUCGUGUGGUGAUCGCCUUAUCUUUACUAGUUGGUGGCAAGUUAUUGAAUGUACAAGUUCCUUUUUAUUUUAAGAAUGUGAUUGAUUCUCUGAAUGCAACAAUACCGGAAGAUGCUACCAUGUGGGCUGUGUGUGGAGCUGCAAUCAUUGGCUAUGGACUUGCUCGACUUGGUGCAAGUGCUUUUCAAGAAUUACGGAAUGCUGUAUUUGCUAAUGUUGCACAAAAGGCAAUUCGACGUGUAGCAUUGAAUGUCUUUUCUCAUUUACAUCGAUUGGAUCUUGGAUUUCAUUUAAAUAGACAAACUGGUGGUCUCAAUAGAGCUAUUGAUCGUGGUACAAAAGGGAUCAGUUUUAUGGUGAGCUCCAUGGUAUUCCAUGUAUUACCAACAGCAUUGGAAAUAUCAAUGGUCUGUGGUAUUCUGGCAUACAAUUUUGGUACUCCAUAUGCAUUAUUGACUUUUUCUACCAUUGCUGCUUAUACUGCCUUUACUGUGACCACAACUGCUUGGAGAACUCAAUUCCGAAAACAAGCCAAUGCUGCUGAUAAUGUGGCUGCCUCGAAAGCUGUUGAUUCUUUGAUCAAUUUUGAAAGUGUCAAGUAUUUCAAUAAUGAAAAAUUCGAAGCGGAACAAUAUGAUAAGCCUUUACAAAAGUAUGAAAAGGCAUCGCUCAAAGUGGCUACUAGUCUGGCAGCACUCAACGCAGGACAAAAUGCAAUUUUCAGUACAGCAUUAACGAUGAUGAUGUUACUCUCAGCUAAUGGUGUAAUGAAAGGAACAAUGACGGUGGGUGAUGUAGUCAUGGUGAAUCAACUAGUCUUCCAAUUGUCAAUGCCUCUAAAUUUUCUUGGAUCGGUUUAUCGUGAAUUAAGACAAUCGCUUAUCGACAUGGAUACUCUGUUUGACCUUGAAAAUCGUACUCCAUUAGUAGUGGAUGCACCUAAUGCUAAGGAAUUUGUCUACAAAGGUGGUGAAAUUCGAUUUGAAAACGUCACGUUUGGUUAUCAUCCUGAUCAUCCUGUAUUGAAUAAUCUCAACUUUGUCAUUCCUGCUGGUAGCAAAGCAGCCUUUGUUGGUCAUUCUGGAUGUGGUAAAUCAACCAUUCUACGCCUUCUCUUCCGUUUCUAUGAACCUCAAUCAGGAAAUAUCUAUGUGGAUGGACAAAAUAUCAAGGAUGUGACUAUGGAUAGUCUGCGACGAGCUAUGGGUGUGGUACCUCAAGAUACAAGUCUCUUCAACAAUACAAUCUUUUACAAUAUUCAAUACGGACGCACUGAUGCUACUGCCGAAGAAGUGUAUGAUGCUGCCAAAAGAGCUCGGAUUCAUGAUACCAUUAUGGCACUCCCUGAACAAUAUGAUACUACUGUUGGUGAACGAGGACUUAUGGUAUCUGGAGGACAACGACAACGUAUUGCCAUUGCACGUGUGAUUUUGAAAAAGCCAAAGAUUCUUAUGUUAGAUGAAGCAACGUCUGCAUUGGAUGCACACUCUGAACGACAUGUCAAAGAAGCCAUGACUGAAUCAAUGAAAAAUUGUACAGUGCUUGCAAUUGCCCAUCGUUUAUCUACAAUUCAAGCCUCAGAUAUGAUUAUGGUGAUGGGACGUGUACCUGGAAGCAUCAUUGAAAAAGGAACACAUCAAGAACUCCUGAAUAACAAAUCAGCUUAUUACAAACUUCAUUCUCAACUUGCAAGCUCGGAAUUAUUAGAACAAGAACUUCAGAGUGCCUUAUAGACUUAUAUUAUUUAUUAUUCAAUAAAGAAUUUUUUUGUGUGUGGGUGUAUCUUGGAUACAGAUGAUUGAUUGGUAAAGUUACAAUCAUGCGUUGUGUGAAUUACAAGUCCGCCCCAUGUUCUUUUUUUUUUGUGCAUCAAUUGUCUUUUGUCUGCCUCUCACCAAUUUAAUUCCGCUUCGUCUUUCUCUCUCUCUCUUUUUU